AUGGUUGAGCCCGUUGGAGCGACUCUCGGCGCUGUAUCUCUUGCAACUGCGCUCUCGGGGAUUUUCGUAUCUGUGGUCGAAUGCGUCGAGUACGUGGAGCUUGGCCGCCAUUUCGGCAAGGAUUUCGAUAAGUCUCAGGCUCGACUUGCAGCGUUGAAAUUGCAAAUUACAAGAUGGGGAGUCUCAACUGGCGCGUUGCCUGACCCACGAACGGGAAGAUACCGAACCCUGGAGGUCGAAAUUGACGUUGCUGCCACCGCAGUGCGACUUCUCUCAGCAAUUCAAGACGAUAUUCUCGAAGUGGAGAAGAAGUCGCAGAACAUUAGAGUCCAGUUAUCCUCGACGGGUCGGGUAGAUUUGGCUACCAUCGGCCCUAACGAUAUGGCCGCACCGACUUGGACGUUGAACUCGCAAGCAAAUGCCAUUGUUUCAAAUCGUGUCCAAGGGGUGUCAUUCGUCAGGAAAGCAAAGUGGGCAAUUUACGAGAAGAAGCACUUCGAUAGGCUCCUAGAUGACAUUACUGAAAAUCUAGGUCAUCUAGAGAAGUUGCUCCCACUGUCUGUUGCAAGAUCGUUACAGGAUUUGUGCCGUAUAGAGGUUGACAGUGUUCAAAGCGGCCAGUCGGAGGCGGUCAUAGAUCUCCUGAAAGACGCUUCUUGUGCCAAUAACGACACUCAUUUGCAGCAGGCAGUGAGGGAAGCCAUUACCUCAGGGGUCUCUGGCCAUCAAUGGGAGCGGACGGAAGUGGAUGACCACGUCAAGCUAGAACAAGGCGACCGCAUUGCAAUGGGCUAUCCAUGUCAGGUACCUACGGGUAGGGUUGGUCAUAGUUUUGGAGUGACAAUUGGAAAAGGGCACUCGAACAUUCACCAAGGCGAUAUUUAUGAAUCGACGUAA